CACUCACUACUCUCAAGUUCCUCAAAUCAAGUGCUUACAAGUCCAUUUCAAGCUCCUUUUUUCUUCGAUCAUCAUAGUCGAGAGAGAUGGCUUACUCUGCCAUGACUAAGCUUGCUUUGGUGGUGGCCUUGUGCAUGGUUGUGAGCGUGCCCAUUGCUCAAGCCAUAACAUGUGGCCAAGUGUCCAGCAGCCUUGCACCAUGCAUAAACUACGUGAGAAAAGGUGGAGUUGUGCCUCCAGCUUGCUGCAACGGCAUUAGGGCCGUCAACGGCUUGGCAAGGACCACCCCUGACCGCCGGGCCGCUUGCAAUUGCCUGAAACAGCUCUCCGGCAGCAUCUCCGGAGUCAACCCUAACAAUGCCGCAGGGCUUCCCGGCAAGUGUGGAGUUAAUAUUCCUUACAAGAUUAGCGCCUCUACCAACUGCGCCACCGUGAAGUGAGCUUGAUAUGGGAGAUGUGUUUUCGGCCGCAGAUAAUAUUAGAGAGUGAGAAUAAAAAUGUGGCUAUGUGGUCCACUUAGGAAUUCCUCACGACGGAAUCGUUAAGUUAUUCUAUGUAAUAUUUAUCUUUCUAUAACUAAUAUAAUUUAUGUUUAAGUAA